AUGCCCAUCACCUGGGACGAAAAAUCCGACGCUAAGCUUCUUGCUGGCGUCCUCUCGCAGACUUCUACCGGGCUCGACUUCAAUGCUCUUGCGAAGUACAUGGGCGAUGGCUGCACCGUCAGUGCCCUGCGCCAUCGCAUUGUUCGCAUCAAGAAGAAGGUCGCCGAUGAUGAGAACCUGAUGAACGCAAGUCAAUCUAGCCCUGGUACCCCCAAUACUUCCGCUGUCAAGCGCAAGCGUGGCUGUGCUCCCAAGGCUACUCCCACCAAGUUGAAGCAGGAGGCCAGUUCUGACGACGAUGAAAAGGAGGAUGUCACCACCAAGGGCGAAGAAAUUGAGGCUGAGGGCAAGAGGGUCAAAGUUGAGCAUGUUGAGUCCGAUGAGCUUCUCGAGCCCAAGUUUGACAGCCCCGAAGACGAUGACAAGCUCUUCCAAAUGUGA